AACGCCAAAUAUUAUUCUUAACUUGAACAUAUUCAUAAUGGCGACGAAGAGAUCAUUCAAGGAUGACAAGAACUGUGCGACAUUUUCCAAUUUACACAAAAGACACAAGACUAAUCGCGCAGGCAGCGACUGUGACCACACGAGAUAUGAGUACAAAUUGAACAUCGAUGAGAGUAUGCUUGUUCAACAGUUGCGAGACGUGGUUGAUCAGGUAGUUCACCGUCCACAAGUAUUAAACAACCUACCAAAAAGCUCAGAAAUUCUUCAAGUGACUACCCGACUACACGCCAUUUUGAGUGCUGCAAGUAAGCGAGGUACAACCCACAGAAAACCCGAGGAGAUGAAGAAACCUCCGCCGGAGUCUGUAUCCUUACCCGAUCUUCCCUCCAUUCACAAUGCUUCGUUAGAGCGAGCCGUUUUCACGCAUCCGGGCGCGCCUGUAAACGUUGCAGCGGAAGGCAUGGAACAAAAUUACGACCGACUGGAAGUUCUCGGAGACGCUUACGUGGAGGUAAUUGCAACAAGGCUGAUAUGGGAGCAAUUCAAGGAUAUGCCUGCGGGGCGCAUGUCGCAAGUCCGUGAAGAUCUCGUUAAAAAUGAAACUCUUGCUGGAUUUGCGACGCAAUACGGCUUUGAUAAGAGAGUAUCUGUCUCGGCGCUAGAAGAUCAGAGAGCGCAAACUAAAAGAUGGCUCAAGAUACGAGGGGAUGUUUUCGAAGCGUACGUUGCGGCAGUCAUUCUGUCCAAUCCUCUCCAUGGAUUUGACAUAGUUGAGAAAUGGCUAAGAGAGCUGUGGUUACCAAGGCUAUUGCAUGUGCCACCGGCACAGACGGCGCUCAAACACAAGGAACAAUUAGCGAAGAGGAUUAUGGGCAAGGGCAUCAAACUUCGAUAUGUCGAAGAACAGCCUGCGAAACAACUAGAGGGCGGGAUGCAGACAUUCUACAUAGGAGUAUAUCUGACGGGCUGGGGCUGGCAAGACCAGCAUCUAGGAUCUGGAAGUGGGCUCAACAAGGCAAUUGCGGGGGACGAGGCUGCCCAUAAAGCGCUUGAAAAUAGGCCAUUGAUUGAUCAGGUGGCAGAGGCCAAGGCUGCGCAUGAUCGACAGGCUAAUGGAGUGAAAGAAGUUAUUACGAAUAAUCUGACUGAAUAGGUACGAUAGUGAUAACGAUCAGAUAAGAACAUUAGGGUUAGUUAUGCAGAGCAUAAAUUCACAUGCUUCGAUAC